AUGUCAGACGACAAGAAGCAGUUGGUGGCCUUGUACAACUUCGAUCCCACGAAGAUCGACUGGCCCUUCAAGCGGCAGAAACCUCUGCCACUCACUACUGGUCAGACCAUCAAGGUUAUGUACGAUGAUGGUUCUGACUGGCUUCUGGGUAUGCUCAUCUCGGACCCGACGCAGAAGGGGUACUUUCCGAAGAACUACACGGUUACUCUGCACGAGUACUACGAGUUGAUGAAGGAAUAUGCGGAUGGUAGCGAUGGCGAGAGUGAAGACUCAGGAGUGGUGAAGCCGGAACCAGAACGGUUACCGCCACCAUCACAACCAGCAGAGAACUUUCAGGAGUUCAUGAGGAGGGAAAAAGAGGAAUAUGAUGAUGAAGAAGAAGAUAGUGAUGAAGAUCCGGGUACCACGCUUUUAUAGAAUCAUAUUGUUGAUGACGAGGAUCAUCUGUACACAUCAUCAGUUCAGUUGAUACUUCAAUCACAAGCACAACAUGCCUCGACCUUCUUAGUCUUACCCCGCAAUGGGUUUUGGUACAGCUGUAGCUCAUGCUGUUCUUGUCCACAAACAGAAUUUCUCAUGGCCAUCCAAAACCCCACCACCACCCCCUCGCAGCCUCUCUUCUCAUCCUCUCUUCUCCAUCCAAAACGGCACCACCAUCACAGCCGACCAAAACCGUGCCGCUCUUAAGAAGCACCCGGCAUUAUCAACACAACCGCCUAUCCCUACGACUUUGAGCGAUCAGAAGGCGAAAUUGUUAAAGGAUAUGCCAAAGUUCGACAAAGACAGGGACGCCAGUCUCGACCCGAUCCGACCGGAGAAAGCAGGUUUGUCUUCGUUGCUGGUUUCAGCCUUAUAAAUAUAUCUAGGAUAUCUAAUCUGCCAGUUGAAAUGUUGCUGGACAAUUGUCAAUUUGAGGUGAUACCAACAUGCUGUUAGACUCUACGAUCCAAUGCUAGACCCUACGAUCCAAUGCUUGUUGUAUCAGCUUCGCUUUCUAUCGGCCCCAGGUCUAGCAACCUCUUUAGCGGCGAUCGCGGAGCGUUCUCUGUUGACGAACGAGACGGUGAAGGAGCACGAUGCGCAGAACAAGAGACUACUGGAAGACGGCGGUCGGAUUUCGGACACACGUGCGUCCACUCCAGCGACGUAUACAAGUAUCCGACCACCAAGGGACUUCGUCCGCAAACACAUGGACGUGGAUAUGCAACAAACGUAUCUGAGAAGAGUCACCCCCUUGGACGAGUUGAUAAAAAAAAAGGGACUGCAGGAUUACCAUCCGCAGGUAGUUUUCAAUUUUUAUCAUUGGUUUGUUUCUCACUUAUAAUAUAAUGCUUUGGUCUAUUGUUGGUGAACAACGUAGUUGUAAAACGUGAAUGUUGAUGGAUCCGACUCUGUUCUUCUUGAAGAGGAAAAAACGUCACCAUAAUUCUAAUUCAUCUUCCUCCUAUAAGUAUAACUGAAACUCAAGUAACCCCACCACCAGAAUCAUCACCUCCACAGAUGAACCGUCCGGUCCCCUACGAGGCCGAUCUCCGAGUGAGAGCCACAACGUGCCGCAUUGCUGCUGGUAUCGAGCCUCCGCAUAUGCGAAUCGCCCUAGAGAAGGCCAGAACAGCCGGCGCCAGGUGGACCCAGAUGUUCCGUCCGGGUCUCAAUGACAUGGUGAACGAAACCGUGAAGAUGGGUGCCGACGCUUCUAUCCUGUCCAACUUGUACAUGUACGAUUACGAGGCGAGAGAACAGUUCAUGAAGCAGCAUAUUCGGGACGUCAAGGGUGUCUUGUGGUUCGAACUGCAGAGACGUAAGCAGCACUUGUUCUACAUGAGGAUGGACUUUGUGGACUUGAUGAUGUUUCACCCAGACGCAUGGGGAUUUCCAGAUGCUCUGCAGCAGGUGAGCGGAGGCGAAGCAGCAGACCCUUUGCAUGGUUGGUACGCGCAGAGGGCGUUGGAUAACGAUCAAGAGAUGGAAGAGGCGAUUUUCUCCUAUAAGGUGAGGCAAAGGAAGUUGCCAAGUCAUGCGUUUCAGGCCUUGGCUUUGGGUACUAUGACUUCUUUGUUGUUCUUGUUGCAGUUCUUUAGAUUUUCCUGUAAAUUCUGAAGAACUGCAGACUUCCUACAUCCAUGAUUUUUGUUUCAAGUUAUAAUCCUUGAUGUGCGUGUCCAUUCGCUCAACUGCCAACUUCAGGUCUGUGGAUAACCGUCUAUCCUUCUCCUAAUAAUAAAACUUCCAGGUAAAAUGCCAGAGUGGGUAAAGGACUCUUCCGAAAUCACGGCUGAGUUGCAAGACGUAGACAAUUUAGACGCAAUAUUAGGUGAGCCAGGAGUUGCAGACGAAAUCACAGAGGAGGAAGAGGAAGACAAGGCCUCAGAGGCCACGGACCCAGCACCAGAGGUUAACCUGCCAGAUGGUAUGCUCCCAGAAGACAAAGCAAAAGGAGAUAGCGAUGAAGCGAAGGCGAAUAGAGGGAAGAAGAAGGUAUCUAUUAUUUACCUGUUGUAGAUUGAUACCCCUGGAAAUGAUCCUCGUGCUCGUUAUAAACAAUAAGUACUUGUUAAACUACACCGUCUAGUCCAUGAUCCAUUACCAUUAUUUAUUAUGCUACUUAGGUUUUUUGGGUAGAAGGGCUACAACUUCCUUUACCUUUCUCCAAGCACUCGUUCUUGGUCCGCACAACUGCUCGCAGGUAAAAGCCCCAACAAAGGGUCAGCAGCUAACCACGCAGCAGAUGCUCGAGGCUGGUUUAGGGGACGAAGAGGAUGUCUACCUCAGAGUAAACGACCUCAAAUUCGUAAAGCAGCGAACUAUAGGGCCAGAUGUUCUGGAUGUCAUCAUGAGAAGUUACAAAGUGAAAGGCACGAACGCUAUGCGAUUGAUGCUUCGAACUAGAGGUGCGCCAGACAAGACAUCGGCUAUGCUUCCAGUGUCACCAAAGCAAAUCAAGGACUUAGCGACGCAGUUGGGAAUAUUGGGCAACUACCACUUCUACUGGUACUGAAAUUCUUGAACAAUCCGCUGUCUUUGAAGGUCUGAAGUCGGCUGCACAUCAAAUUCCCAAACUCAAAAAAAUUUUCUUCCAAUUAGACUAUCAUCAGGUACUGCUAUUUCGCCCUUCGAUAUGUCCUGCCUCCUCACUGGGACCUCAUCGUGAAGAACGACGUCAGAUGGUACAUAAAUCUGGAGACCGAGCACAUCCAGCCAAUCCAUCCCAUGAUCGAUGCUUUUAGGGAGCAUCUGUCCGACGCCAUCCAAAACGACUUUCUGUGGGACUACAGGGGUUUCGUGAAGAUCAAAUGUUCAGAAUGCGGUCUUCCAGACUCGAUAUCAUGGUGCCAACAGUGCUGCGACUACUUCUGCAUCACCUGCUUCCAGAAGCUGCACAAGAGCAGGAGAGGAAGGAAGCACUGGGUGCAACCGUUGCCGGGUUGCCGGUAUUUGACAGCGACGGAAGUGCAGAUCAUGAAGGACUACGUGCCGAUGCUGAAUGUAGGAUUUACGAACAGAAGGAGGUUCUUGGCGAGAGAUAAUCAGUCGGAUAAGACAGGUACUAUUUGUAUUUGUUGAUUUGAAUUUGAAUGCUUUUCUACCCGCAGAAGUACCUUGUCGAGAAACUACUCUCAGAACAAGAUGGUCGUCCACAUUUAUUCGUAUAAUUCACUACUUUAAUGACAUCCUAUCAUCAAAAAUCCACCACCUACGUUACCACCAUUUCCAUCAGGUUACGAAGGCGGCGACAAGUGGUUGUACUUCACCAAAGACACGUUCGAACAGGCCUUAGCAAUCACACCAGCGAAGCACUACUUCUUGCAGCGACUAAACCCACCUAGGCUGAGCUCUACUAGUGAGGGCUACUACUACAACUUCAAGGAAGAAAUCAUCUGCGACGACCCAGGGCACAUCAUCCAGAAAGCAAAGGAGCAGAAAGCGCUUCUUUCUAUUCAGAAGUUCUGUAGAGGAGCACUGGCACGAUCGCAGGUGCGAAGGGAAACAGCGGCGGUGAUCGUGAUUCAGAAAUACAAAAGAAUGUGGGACUGCCAGCGAGUGUUUGGUAAUUUGAUUUUUUUGGACUUCUAACACUAACUUUAAGUAGAAAUGGUUUUGGUGCAAAAGCAAAUUGGUGUUGAUUUAGAUUUUGUUGGUGAAAACAUAAAAACUGAGUACCUCUGUUGUAACGAAGAAAGAAACUACGAUGAUCCCUAACUGACGACAGGUAAACACGGUAGUAACGCUAUCAUUUUGCGUGGUUGGUACCGCAAAUUCAAGGCCCAUCAGGAGAAGGAAAUGAUGCACAAGAGGGCAGCGCAGAUUCAGGCUCUGUUCCGAGGAAAGAUCGUCAGAAUUAGUAUCAACGAUAGGAAUCUAGCAGCCACCAAGUUGCAGAGUGCGUUCCGAGGUAGCGUGUGCCGCACACACGUGAAACGGUUCCAUAGGGCUGCCGACGUUUUGCAGCGUGCGUUCCGCAUGUAUCUCUACGGACGCAAGCCAGUGCGCGUCAUGAACCAAGCAGCGGCGAGACUACAGGCCAUGGCGAGAGGAACUUUGACUAGGAUACGACACAAGUUGUUAGUGAAGAACGUGACUCUAGUGCAAGCUCGCAUGCGUGGCUACCUGUGUAGAAAACUGAUGAACCACAAGCAGAAGAUGGGCACGAAGAUCCAGUCACACUGGCGAAGAUGGCAAGCACAGCUGAACAUGAAGAUGUUCUUGUACCAAAGGCUAGACGAAAUCUACGCAGUUAGGAAACAGGUCAUGAAGGACAAAUUGCAGGACUUGGCAGCAACUAUGAUCCAGAGGAACUUCAGGAAGCACAAGAGCUACGAAUACUUCGUCAACGAAAAACGAGACAAGGCAGAAGCGGAUAAGAGAAUAAGCACUGUUUUGGUACCUGUUCACUAAAAUAGAUUGUUACUUCUUACGUUAUAUCCAGUUACGUUCUUAGCUACGUCCGACGACGGAGAUUUUCUUAUCCUUUCGAUGUGAAGGGAAGACAAGAACAAACUUAAACUGGCAUCAACAAAUGAUCUUGUGUAACUACAUCUUGUUGAUUUCAUAUUCAUCUUUCUCAAACUCAACAAUGCACAAAUACAACAAAGAACUCCUCCAGGUCUCCGCGCUCCUUGGUGCGUCGAACAUGCGGUCUUUUGUGCAUCCGUGGUUCAGACAUUUGCCUCCAGAAAUCCAAGAGGUCCUAGAACAGAUCAAGGCUAGUUUGCAGCGAACUUUAGGCCUGACUCGCGUGACCGGUAAACUCGCGAACGAAGAAAUCGGCCAACGGUCAAAACGAUGCUCAGCCAAGGAUUUGACCUUGGACGAAAGUGAGAACGACCUAGGCACGCACAUGUUAGUCACAAUCGUGCAUCACCUGCUGUCGCACAUCGACAACGACGUUUUUUCGAAUACGGUGAAGUGGUGCUGCUACAACAUGUCGCACUUGGCUACUAGCUUCUUGAAGUGUCCAGCCUACCCCUUCGAGGAGGUCACACUCGGAAAACAGCCAGAUAUGCCAGUGCCGCCACGACCGGGAGAGCCGCUAGAGUCGAUGUCGCAGGACUACUGCCACAUCAACCACCAUCAUGACCGCAUGAUGACAGCAACACCAGAGAAUUUCUACAUCCUCUUCCUAGCGAACAUGCCACCACAUCUACGACAUGUCUUCUUGACGGCGCAGAUCCUGAUCACCACAAGACAGGCGUUGGACUUAGCAAGUCUGUCUACGGAUGAUCACUUUGCGUUUCAAGGUGUGGAUGCCACUGUAGGAUCGCAGAUCAUGGACGUUUUGUCAAAAGAAAUGGGUCUGCGAUUCCCGAGUGAAUGGCCGAAGGCUCAUGGUACUUCAUAACUAAGUUAGUAGCUAGUCGUGAUGAAAACAAAACGAAUAUUAAAAUGAAAAUCCAUUUCCAAUAAAUUCGGCUCAUUUUACACGUGGUACUGUAGGAACACCCAUCAUCUCAAGAACAUCAUUUGUUACCACCAUCUUCUUAGGUACCGUUUACUCCCUCGCGACGCAAGUCGGUAAGUUUGUGACGACGUUGCCAGGCUUAGAGGCGAACGCAGAUGGCAAGGUUAGCAAACUAGCAGAUCCGAACCAGAAUCCGUUGCUCAGCCGUAACGCAAUGACGGUCAUGGGACCCGAGUACAAGGGUGGCAAACUCAGCUUCUUCAACCGGCCAGCAUGUCUCCGAAUCAUCCAGCAACUAGCCUAUUUGAUGCGCGAUCAAGAGGGCAUCAUUCGGUACAUCAGACGGAAGAAAGACGCUGAGAAGGAGAAGCAGGAAGGAACGGGCGAAGGCAACGUGCGACAGAGUCGUUUCAUCGCGGUCAUCGACAAGUUGUUCGACCUAGCGUACAAGGCAAAGCAUGACCACUGUCCGUUUGUUCUGGCAGUUGUCUUGUUCCACCUGUUGUCUCGCGGUUUGAUGGUGCGAACGUACUACCACCGAGCAUCGGUCCAAUUGCAGAGCAAGUACCGGUACUACAAGGCCACGACGCAGCGGCGAAAACAACUUGGACCAGCUUUGAUGUUGCAGCGCUACUGGCGUGGCGUGCGAACAUCAGUGAAGACCUACAACAUGCUGAACGCAGUGGAGAUGGUGCAGCACAACGUGCGUGCGGUACAGCGUAAGAAACGAAACUUGAGCUUCAUGGUUGCAGUUGCCAGAAUGCAGCGCGUCUGGCGUGGUGCGGUCAUGCGAAAGUGGAUGCGCACGAUGGUCAAUGCAGCAACCGUAAUCCAGAAGUACGUUCGCCGACUGCUCAUCAUGGUCGUCUUCAACAAGGAAGGUCGUCGUUUGGCUGCUAAAUUCAAAGCUGAGGCCUUUGGCUUGUGCCAGAAGGCGGCAAACAUGACGGAGAGCGAAUUCUUGGCCAGAAAAGCGGCUUUGGUCGCAAAAUCCCGCGUGCAGUUGCACAAGCAUCGUGAGCGCAACAUCGACUAUCGUCGCAUGGUUGCUGUGCACGGUCAGAGCAAGCACGCGAGAGCGAAGAAGAAAGACAACAGGGAGAACAUGAAGGGCACAUUGCAACCUGUCAGGUUGUCCUUCUCGGAGCCUCUCUCCUUCGCUAUCGCUCGCGGCAAACGCAGUGUCCGCGAACAAGAACAGCUCGAAGGCAAAUUGGCGGUCGGAGCCGGUGACGGGGAUCAGAUGGCGGUCGGCUUUACCAAGACCCAAAUCAUGGUCUUGACCGAAAACGCCAAGCGCGCUUUGGAGAAGACGAUGCCCAGUGGCGACAAGACGGCGUCUAUCCACCCGAUGAAAAGGCGUGGUGCCAAUAUCAAGCACGUCUUGCGUGUAGCGAAGCGACCAACGGCACCACAAUUGGCGGAAAACAAGUUGAUCGACCACGACUUUUUGGAUAACUGGGAGACGACACAGUUCAAGACGUCUAUCCCAUGGAUUCCGAAGGCUAUUGCGCAGAGACUAGUGCAGAGUCAUCAAAAAGCGAAUUUGAGAGCAACAUACUUCUUGGCGAGCGCAUUUUUGGGUACUUGAAAUUUGGAGUUGUCAUUGUCAACUUAGACUUUUGAAAUUGGCUUGUAUUCCCUUCUGUUGAGAAGUAUCAGGAUCAAGUAGUGAAACUCCUAUCAAUGUAAGCCGCAGCAUCGUCUUGUUCCUCCCUCCAUCCCAGGUGGUCUCCUUUCCCGCUGCGACGACAAGCGUCCCUGCAGUUGGUUCCAACGCCUGAAGCUGCCCAAGCCCCAAGAGCUUCCAGCCGAUGUCCAGGAGCACAUGGCCACGGCGGCCAAGAUCAUCUGUACCAAGAUCAAUCAGGACGUGACGACUCUAAACACCAAGGGCCUAUCUCCCUGGCGCAAGGCUUUGUUGUCCAUGGUGAUGAUCUGGAAGUCUUUGUUCGCUUACGCUGGUGCCAGAACCGUGAAACCAGCCAAGGCCACCCCAGUUCUCCUCAUGAGCAGCAACGAGUCGAUGUACACAUGCGUGUCGUAUUGGUUGUCGCGUUUGUGGAUCGAGACGCUGAACCAGUUCACGACCAGAGAAAACCGUUAUCGCGGAAUCAAGUCGAGGCCGAAGUGGGACGUUCUGGAGACACUGGAAUAUCGUUGCGUGGGGGUGCGAUCAGGGUUUGCGGUUAACGAUCCGGUUAAGGAUAAGGUAAAUGGUUUAUCACAUUUCUUCAAUCAAAUACAAAUUUGAAAGGUCGUGGUUUGCUCCUGAGAUGAAAACUUAUAAACAUCAAACGUCAUGAUCAAGAGGAACAAUGCAUGUGAUCUCAUGUUCAUUCUGACCAGAUUCUUUUGCAAAAGGCCACUCCCUCUCGUCUACAUGUCAGGUCCAAGCAGCCACCGCGAGUGCCAACAGUGUCAAAGCUGCCAACUUGCAGGACUUCCUCGAAGAGACACUGGCUUUGCGCUUCGCCAGUGAAAUGCUUAUGGAGAGCAACCGUGAUGCUGAGGAGCACAUGGAUCAGUACAUGAAGCGAAAAGAGAAGGCCAAGAAGGUGCGCAAGGGUCCUGCAAAGGCUGUUGCAGCUAAUAAUGUGGAUGCAAAUAGACAGGCUUUGGACAGCUUCACGGGAAGCAGCUGGACGGAAGACGCGGAGGUAACAAUAUAAAGUAGAAAUGAAGACUCGUCUCAACAUUUUCUUCAUUUCAAAUCUGAAUGGUUCCGGUAUUUGGUAACCUGAAUUUGAUCCUAAGGGAAAACAAGAAGAGAACCCUUAGGAUCAAAUUCAGGUUACCAAAUACCAGAACCAGACAAAAUCAUCUGUACUUAUAUACCUUUUACCUGCUACCCUUACUUUUUCUUCCUAGUUAGCUUGGCUCCACCCGUAUAUAAAUCACUGACUCUGAAGUGACAACUUUCCAACCGCAGCAAUAAUCUGACCAAAGUCGACCAGGUCCGUUCCAUCUGCAAGCACAUUGCCAACCUUAUCGGCGCUCUCGAGGGCCCAGACGCCCAUCUCCAAGCCUACACCGUCGUUGCACAGUUGUCUCUCGCCUGCUUCCGCGGUCUUCAGCCCAUGCUGGAGGCUAACGCCAUGCAGGCCGUUAACGAGAUCAACAUCAGACACAUUCAGAACUGCCAGAUCCCAGUUCCAAAGCCGGAUCAUCCGGAUGACGGUCUCAACUCGCAUAACUUCCACUUGUUGUCCAGCUCCUACGAAAAAACGGACCCGGAAAAGGCACAACAGAUCUUGAACGCGGCUCCAACAGCGAUCUUGGCACUAGUGUGCAAGCUGCAGGCGAAUUUCAAGGGUACUUGUUCUUGAUUAGCGAACAUUGAUGUGAAUAUAUAGAAGGACUUUUUAUUGAUUAGCGAACGAUGUAAAUAGAAGGACUUUUUAUUGAUUCUUCUUUUGGCAGUGGCAUCUUCUAGAAGUUGCACAUAGUACAUUUGUUCUGUGUCGUUCCCGUGUACUAGCAGACCGAGAACAAGAUGCAUUCUUUGAUUCUGAUCACCCCGUCCUCCACCAUUCUUUCUUCCACCUCAUCUUCCAGGUUUCAUGCUCCGUGCUCGUUACAGCCGUCGCGUCAAAGUCAUUUGCGCAUACUGCAAGGAAGUCGACUGGCCACGGCAACUCGGAGACGAACCAGAGGACGACGAAGACGACCUCACUGCGCUUACCAGGAAAGCCGGUAGGAAGAAAGACAGCAACAAGACCUUGGACGAAAAGAUCGCUACCUAUCAGCCAGUCGUUUCUCAGUACCUUGGUGGCCAGGGCCUCGAGGCCGAAGCGAAGAAGAAGGAGCUAAAGCGCCCAGGCGCCUUGAGCAAGCAGGAACACCCAGGCAUGCCGGAACGUGGCGAGAAGGGCGCCAUUCCAGUCGAGAGUCUCCAGGACUUGCCGCAAGUCCGAAUCACAGCGGAUCAUCGUGCUUGUGCGGACCUGUACGCCUUGUACUGCUACAACAUGUACCGACGACGAGAAAUGAGCAAGAUCUGGAAGGCUUUGAGCUUCGCCUACGACACGGUGAUCAAGAACUUCGCAUCUCUGCUCGAGAAGAACAGCAGUUUGAAGCCCAUGGUCGAGUCGGUGUCUGCGCAGUUGAAGCGGGGAAAAGCGAUCGGCUUCUCGAAAGCCUACGUGCCGAAAACGGAGGCAGCCGCAGGGGGCGGCGAGGCCGUUGGCGCGCCGGGUCGUAUCAAGCCAGUCGAAACUGAGCUCUUCCACCGCAAACCAGCAGGUGCUGCAGGUUCAGGAUCCCAGCAAUCCGGUCCGAGUCACGUGGGCAUCAGUGCUGCAGCUCAACGCUCUGGCACCCAACCCGAGAUGGACGAGGAUAUGUCUCCUCACGCACGAAGACAGGCGAUGGAAGCCAGCAGUAGCACAGCUGGGGGCGUGCAGUCUGGAGGCGACAACUCGAAAGAAGGCUCGGAUGCCGAGACUAAGGAGAGACCUCCAGAUCCGAAUGCCAUCCAGUUGAGUGGCGACUAUCUGACCAGAUACCUGGAGGAAACGAACGGUGAUGAUUCGCAGUUCAAGGAUAUCGAACCGGCAGUAAUUCCAUUCUCAACAGGAACGUCACCAAGAAGAGAACGACCGGAUGAGUUUUUUUAUGAAUGAGAUGAUCAACUUCAACUUGUUAGACAAUACAUUUGAAAUUGAAUUUUCUUUUUCACUUCAAUUUGCUUUGCAUGAAUUUUUUUUUUGUAGUUCGAGCGAGUUCCGAUAAAUCAAAACCUACCUGCGUAGAGCUUCACUUUCGUCAUGACUCACUUAUCCUCCAACCAAAACCUAAACCAUUUACUACAUUUUUAGAAGACACAGAACCGAAUUCGUAUCUAAUCUCCAUUCCGCGAGGACUACGAGCAGAAGAAGCGUGCGGAACAGGGUGGCGGUGCUUCCGGCUCCAACAUGGAGGGUCAGGAGGGUCCUUCUGCUGCCGUUGGCAAGGCGAAGACACUGCAAGAACCGACGCCCUACGAGAAGAUCCCAGCGCCGUUUGUCACCGUCAACUGGUGUAAGGGAAAUUACGGCUUCCCCUAAUCCAUCUUCCUAAUCCCUCUUCCGAGAGACGUAGCAUUCAAGGGGGAAUCUUCCUGAUCCAUCUUCCGAGAGACGUAGCAUUCAAGGGGGAAUAUAGAGACGUAGCAUUCAAGGGAGACUUUAAAGAGUCUCGUAGCAUUCAAGGGAGACUUUAAAGAGUCUCGUAGCAUUCAAGGGGGACUUGGAGAUGGAUAAUUAGGGUGAGCUGCUCUAAGGAAAGCUGAAACCGAUGUGGCUCCCGAUCAAGGCUCACCGCUUCACGGCGUGCCGAAGCAAGGUCCUGCAGUUGUUGCCAUCCAAGCAGUUGGAACAGUAUAUUGAGCACGAAAAGCAGUGCCACUACGCAGCAUGCAUCAAGUUGCUCGAGACGUGCGUGCCGGGAAACCUGAACGUGUUUCAGCCAACCCAACUGGUGGCCAAUCGCCCUUUGUUGAUCGAGACUAUCUUUAAGGCUCAAAAUAUUUCAUUUCCACAGGUUCAUUCUAUCUUUCCUUUAGUUUCCUUCUUCGGACUUAAAAGAACAACUGGAUCGCAGGAAGUGAAAUAGAAAUGCUUUGAGCUGCUCUAAUAUCUUUCAACUCUUAGUCGGUUACAUCGGUUUGUGCCUAAAGAACGCGGAUUCCGCUGCUGCAGCAAGACUCUGCCUGCAAACUCUCGAAGCGAUGCAAACUGCUCUGCGCGACCUCCAUCCCGCACAUCGUGCUGUAUUAGAGGCUUACCUGUACGACACCGCACUUUCCGUCGCCUUUUACUCGCCUUCUGACGUGCAAUUAGCCAGCAAAGCUGAGUCCUUCUUCCAGCAGGCUUCUCAGCGUUACCUGAAGUUGAAGCACACCAACCGUUUCGCCAAGUGCUGCAUCCGCUAUGGCUCUGUGCUCUUCCUCCAGAACCAUCACCACGAGGCCGAGUACUUCCUGCAACAAGCACUGAACAAGCUGACCAAUUCUGGCGUGUCCAGUUUGUUGGUUGUGUGCUACCACAACUUGGCGGUCGAAACCGCUGUCCAAGACCGCCUCCCAGAUGCCAGCAGCCACAUGAGAACGUACAUUUCGCUGUUGAGGCAGAUGUCGAAGUUAAGCAACCAAUGGAUCCAGAAGGCGGACAACACGCAGUGGCUCUUGCUCAAGUUAGUCGACUUGUGGCCAGCCCAUCAGGCGAAGCUGAACGCGGGACUUGUCACAUAA